AUGGCCUCAGCAGGUACCCCUCUUGUGCCUCAAGCAAAGAAUGUGGUGGUCUUUAGGAAUGGAGACCCUUUCUUCACUGGAAGAAAGCUUGUGGUGAACCAGAGGCAGAUCCUGACUUUUGAGUCUUUUUUAAAUGAAGUGACCAAUAACAUCAAUGCCCCUGUGGCUGUGAGAAAUAUUUACACACCAAGUGGGGGACAUCGGGUUCUUCAGUUAAAUGAUCUACAGAAUGGAUCCCAUUAUGUGGCUGCAGGAUUUGAAAAGUUUAAAAAAAUAGAUUAUUUGCAAAAUGGGAACCCAAAACCUAAAGAAAACAGAGGAAAAAUUGGCAUAACGGGAUGUGUUUGUCGGCUUGCCAUGACUGAGUCUCAUCCACAAAGAGAACUGACUGAACUGGAAGUCUCAAAGCUGGGGGAGGUGAAAGUGCAUUCUCUGAAGGUUCAGUAUCUGCCUCCUGAGCUGAUGGUCUCCCAUGCUACUAUCAUCUUUGCAGAGGUUCGAUGUGUGCUGCUGGGGCCUGGAUAA